UAGACAGAAAGCUUGUAAACUAAGUCAAAAUUGUGGUGGACACAGAGUUGGUGGUCUUCAUGUGGAAUCAAUUUUAGUAGAAAAUGAAAAAAAUCUUGUUUCCUAUCCAAAUCUCAAUUUUUGUUUUGUACCAAGAAGUUGAUUUUGAGUUUGUGAAAUCAAUUGUGGAAGGAUUUUCUAGUGUUUGAUAGAUAUAGUUAAAGUUGAUGAUGGGUCAUCAUAAUAAUAACCAGUCUUCUUCAUCUUCUUCUCUGGGGAGUAAAGCUGUACACUUUGUUUCUGAUCUUACUACAGUUCUUCUGAAUCCCAUAUCUGAUAAACCACUGAAACAUCAUGAGGCAACAGGAAAUAGAAUUCAGCAGGAGUUAAGUUCAGAAGAUGAAUCCGGCGUUACAAUUGAUGGACCUGAUACAUCUUCUUUUUCUGCAUUCUUGUACUCACUACUGUCUCCUGAAUCUGGGAGUACUCGAGACAUGGAGGAACAUUUGCAGAAGCAUGCAGAAAUAGUAGAGUCAUCAAAUGAUUCAGGAACAAAGAAAACUGGUAGUGGAAAAAAAACUUUAUUUGCAAGGAGCAAGCAGUCGCUUGGGAGAGCUCUAUACCAGGCAGUGAGGAUCAAUGGGUUCAGAAGUCAAGGGGCUGAUCAAAGUCUUGAUUGUAACAUAAAGAGUUAUGGCGAGAGUGAUUCAAAACUUGGUAACAUUGAGUUAGGGCUUAUGAACAGUCAAAGUGAAAAUGAUUCGCAGGUCAAUCUCCCUGACAUGUCAGAACCAUCACUACUUCUUUCAGAGAAUGCUCGUAAGUCUCUCUAUGUUUCACUUCCUGCUCUAGCUCAAGGUAGGAAGUGGGUGCUACUCUACAGUACCUUCAGGCAUGGAAUAUCUCUUUCCACCCUGUAUAGAAGAAGCAUGAUUUGCCCCGGUUUUACUCUGCUGGUUGUUGGUGAUCAGAGAGGCGCAAGAUUUGGCGGCUUGAUCGAGGCCCCACUGAAACCAACCAAUAAGAGAAAGUAUCAGGGGACGAACAACACAUUUGUUUUCACAAACACUUCAGGGUCUCCAGUUGUGUAUCGCGCUACAGGUGCAAAUCGCUAUUUUACUUUGUGCUCGACUGACUUCUUAGCAUUAGGAGGGGGCGGACAUUUUGCGCUCUAUCUGGAUGGAGAUCUGCUGAGUGGGUCAAGUGCAAUUUCUGAAACUUUUGGGAACCCUUGUCUGGCAUACACCGAAGAAUUUGAAAUAAAGGAAGUAGAGCUGUGGGGUUUUGCAUAUGGUUCCCAGUAUGAAGAGGCCGUGGCUUACUCAAGGUCAGAAGCACCUGGGAUUUGCAGAUGGUGAUUUUUGUUACUUCUCUGGAGAAUAACUGCGAUUGUACUCCCUGUUUGGAAGAUCAUCUCGAUCAAUCAAACUAGUGUGCUGCACUGAUAACUUGUAUGAAUGAUGUCCAAACCAACCAAUACCACUUGCAAAUGUUGUACAUAUUUUAAGUUUUUUUACCUCAACUUCUAAUCAAUAGUUCCAUGUAAAUGAUCAUGCUAAUUUUGGCCUGUAAAUGCAAUAAACUUUUAGUGAUGCUCAUUUAUUGUUCUGU